GCAGCCUCAACAACUCCAACGCGUCAACCGCCAAGGGUGUCGCUGCGUUGACACGAGCCAAGUUUCAUUUUCAAAUUGGACACUUAAUUAUCAUGCGCAACAUCCUCUCGACGCUCUGCUGCCUCGCGGCGACAGUCGCGGCCGACACCCCUCAACUCCGCGGCUUGCAACUCGAAGGCGGGUACAACGACGAGCCUGUCGACAACGGCAUGAUCACGACGUACUUUGACGUCAUGACGUCUCGUGCCAGCUACGCCAAGCCGCGUCUCGACUAUCUGUGCACGACCGAAAUCUCGGCUGUGAGCGUGCAGGUCGUUGCGGGCCUCAACACCCGCUACCACGUCGCGGGCUGCACCUCCAAGUCGGAUAAAGGCCUCGCCGACCGCAGCUGCACGUGCAGCACAGCGUUGAACUUCUACGUCGUCACAAUCUUCACGCCGCUCAAGGGCGACCCAACGCUGCAGACCAUCACGAGAGACACGCGCCGCGUGCCGCUCGAAGGAGCGCCGUCGUAUGGGCAUGUCGUGACGGACGCCGACGCCGCUGUCUACUAUGACGCGGUCACGGCCGCCGUCAACUACCAAAACAACGAUUUUCCGGUGCUCUGUGCGCGCGACUUGACGAGCUACGACGCGUACGACUACCCGAGCGACACAUUCCACGUCACCGCGUGCGAGGUCGAGUACUUCAACGCUAUCGAGGACGCGACGGGACCCAACUGCGGCGGGUGCUCGGAGGGCUCGACGAAAAACUACGCUGUGACUGUGAGCGUGGGCGACUCUACGAUUACGAGCAUUCGCAUCGAGUAAUCCCCGUCCUCAAUAUAAGAUGCGGCUUUGCCUCCGUA